AUGUUACACGUUACCGAUCAUCAAACUGCGGGGCCACAGGGUCGAUCCGCCGCCUUGCUCCUUUACGGCCGGGUAAAGCUGGCUGGGUGCACGGGGCACGGGGCAAAGGUCAACUCGGGAAUGGACAGGCUGCUGCCGCACGGCACGGCACAGCGCCGCACAGCGCCACACGGCGCGACACAGCAGGGGCCAAGCUCCAACCAGACGGCGCGUCGAUAUCCUGAGGUAGCGACCAACUCGAUUCUCAUCUAG